CCCUUUUCCUUCCCUUUCGAAUUUGCGUUUUCUUCAGAGACUCAUCCUUUCCGUGUGCUUCACAACUUCAUCAUCAUCAUCACCAUCUUACCCUCUCUCGAAUUGCGUCAUCAAUUGAAAACCCUCUACAAAAGUCUCAGUUUUUUCUUCAUUUCUUGCAUACCCAUCUAAAAAAAUUUCCAUUUGAUUUCGAUCGGAUUAUGUUAAUCGAUUUCUGAGAAGCUUUUCAAUCUAAUUUCCCCUCUGUGAUUUCCCUGUGAAAACCACCAUGGCCGCGGCUUUAAGGUCGAGUACCUCGAGAGAAACCGCUUCUCUCACACUCUCUCAGUUCAGGUACUUCGUUUUCAACCGCGUCCACACCGCUCGAACCGCGAGUCCUCAGUGCAAUCACCGUAACAAAAUCGAUGACCCAUCAAACAAGUUCCCAGAUAGAAUCGCCUCGCUCAGGCCUACGGGAACGAGCUUCAUGGAUAAUCAAGGAGAGAGACGGAGUUCAAGCAAGGGUUAUGCUACCAACGGUGUAAAGUCUGCUGUUUUGAGCUCGCAAGGAGACCCACCGGAUCUGUGGCAGCCUCCGGGAGAUGGAGUUUCCGUUAGGGUCAAUGGGUCGAGCGUUAAUCUCGGUCGUGGCGGCGGUGGAAGCGGUGCCGGUGCUGGUAACGGAACAGGGUCGAAUUCGAAAGAUGAUUGUUGGGGUGGAUCCAAUCUUGGGUCUGAUUUCCCGACACCGAAGGAGAUUUGUAAAGGUUUGAACAAGUUCGUGAUUGGUCAGGAAAGAGCCAAAAAGGUGCUUUCAGUGGCUGUGUAUAAUCACUACAAGAGGAUAUAUUACGAAUCAUUACAGAAACGGUCCACGGGAGAAACUGAUAGCACUACAGCAAAACCAGCAGAUGAUGAUAUGGUAGAACUCGAGAAGAGUAACAUUCUUCUUAUGGGACCAACUGGGUCAGGGAAGACACUACUUGCGAAAACCUUGGCACGGUUUGUGAAUGUUCCUUUCGUUAUUGCAGAUGCAACGACACUGACUCAGGCUGGUUAUGUGGGAGAGGACGUCGAGUCUAUAUUAUACAAACUUCUCACAGUUGCAGAUUAUAAUGUUGCAGCUGCACAGCAGGGGAUUGUUUACAUCGAUGAAGUUGACAAGAUAACAAAGAAGGCAGAAAGCCUUAACAUCAGCAGAGAUGUAUCAGGAGAGGGUGUUCAACAAGCAUUGCUAAAAAUGCUUGAAGGAACAAUUGUUAAUGUACCUGAGAAGGGCGCUAGGAAGCACCCUAGAGGCGACAAUAUCCAGAUAGACACAAAGGAUAUACUCUUCAUAUGUGGUGGUGCUUUUGUAGACAUCGAGAAGACGAUCUCAGAGAGGCGCCAUGAUUCUUCAAUAGGGUUUGGUGCUCCCGUACGUGCUAACAUGAGAGCAGGUGGUGUUACAAACGCCGCUGUUGCAUCAAACCUAAUGGAAACUGUGGAAAGCAGUGACCUGAUUGCUUAUGGUUUAAUACCUGAAUUCGUUGGAAGAUUUCCAGUUCUCGUCAGCUUGUCUGCUUUGACCGAGAACCAACUUAUGCAGGUGCUGACAGAGCCCAAAAACGCACUUGGAAAGCAAUACAAAAAGAUGUACCAGAUGAAUAGUGUAAAGCUGCAUUUCACGGAAAGUGCCCUGCGGCUAAUAGCUAAAAAAGCAAUAACGAAAAACACGGGUGCACGUGGCUUAAGAGCUCUUUUAGAAAGCAUCCUGAUGGAUUCUAUGUACGAGAUUCCGGACGAGAGUACAGGCAGUGAUAUGAUAGAGGCGGUUGUGGUAGAUGAAGAAGCAGUUGAAGGAGAAGGGCGUAGAGGCUCUGGAGCUAAGAUUCUCCGUGGGAAAGGAGCAUUGAGUCUGUAUCUCUCUGAAACCAACUCCAAGGAUUCUCCUCAGACGACCAAGGAGGGAUCAGAAGGAGAAAUUGAGGUGGAGGCGGAGAUUCCGUCCGUUGUUGCCAGUAUGUAAUGUAAUCAUCAUCCAGCACAUCUAUCUGGUGAUUAGUAUGUCUCUGUAUGCGUAAGUUUUAUCGUUCUUUGUACAUAAAUGAAGGAAAAGAAACAAAAGUUGGAUCAAAAGUUUAAAAAGAACACGAAUGCACAAUAUGCACGUUUAUAAAUGAUGAUGUAACUUUUAUCUC